ACCAACUAUAGGGAAGGGGACUAAGUAUGUACCUAGGUAGUAUCUUCUCUGCCAGUAUCGGCCUCCUUGAUUGACUUACCCGCAGCUGUUUUCUGCUUCGAGAAAACGACGCUGGGUUGACGAUAUGCAGGGGUUGUCUUCAAUGCAAUCGUGGGGCUAAUAGUAAUCCUCCCAAUGGUCCAGGACCUGACGGUCAGGUCGAGCGGUUCAGGAUUCCUGGCUCUGUAUACGAGCGGACCAGGAACCAUACCAAUGCUCAGCAAGUUCCAGUCUUCGGCCUUCGCUUGUGCACUUCUCUGAUCCACAUCAGAUGAUGGAUACGACGGAGUAGUAAGUACUGCACAGUCCCAGACGGUUCGUUCUUCCUUUCUCGGGCGCAAGAGCAUACCUGAAAUGACCCUCCCUGAGGUGCAAGAUGCCUCUUAUCUAAUUGGUAUAGUGCUGGCACUGAUGCAUGAACUUCUAGAUGUUUACCCUUUCCCUCCUUCUCCUUCAUACGAACAUGGGGUCAUUAUUCAUCCAUAUGUACUACAUAGUAUGAAUGCAACCCUUCCCCCCCCCCCCCUUCUUCAAUUACCAGCCAACCAGCGACCUCUGAUUUCAAGACACUCUGACCGGCAAACCCCAGAGGGCCCGUCGGGGCGCAGGAACCACCCACCACAUCCAAUGCUUGGUCAAGCUUGGUCAAGCUUGUGUUGGCGCCACUCCGGUCCACUUGCUGCUGAGGCUGCCCGUCCGGCCACUCGUGAGGCACGCCCGCUACACGUGUGUGGGGCCUGCCAAGCCGCGAUCGAUCUCGGAGAAAUGAUGGCGCCGCCAGCCGUCUUGCGGAGCCGACGCCAAGCAAGAGCUGUUGCGUGCCCACGUGCGCUAUUGCCAGCACGCGAAGGCUCACGCGCGCAACGAGAAGAUUGGGAAAGCGUGAUAUUAUACCCAGAUAGCGUUCCUUCGGGAGUCAAGGAGCGCAGACAGUCAGGACUUGCUCCGCUACCAGGGAAUGGGCCGGUGACUCCCACCGACAAGGGGACGCAACAGACUGGACUGUACUAUAUAACCUGGACGAAUCCCCCCCCCCCCUCCUCAGGUUUCUUCUGCUUCAGUGCGAUUCAUCCUCCUCCUACCCAGCUCUCACUGGUAAAUUAAGCCUGCGGCUCGAGAUUCUUCCUCACAAUGCAGACCACUCUCGCCGUUCUUGCCGCUGGCCUGUCUCUGGCCGCGGCGCAGACGAUCAACACCUCGGAGCCCACGCUGGCUGAGAUUCGCGCUUCUCAGGCCGUUGUCAAGCCCUACUCGCCUACCUCGAGCGUCAAGGGUCUGGCUUUUGAUCGCUUCUACCAGGUCUGGCUCGAGAACGUGGUAAGUUGAUCAACGUCCACUUGAAUCAAGGGGGGGGGAUCAACGCGUUACUGUCUU